AUGUUCUCUCAGCAAAGUUUCAUCAGUCCUGAGCCACCACGAAGACCAGAAGAGUCUGAACUCAAGGUAUUUUGCUUUAAAAACAUACUGUGCAUCCUCGGCUUCUCCUCUGUCAUCGCUGUGAUAGCACUGCUCGCUCUGGGGCUGACCCAGAACAAAUCACUGCCAGAAAAUGUUAAGUUUGGGAUUGUGCUGGAUGCAGGCUCUUCUCACACGAGUUUGUACAUCUAUAGAUGGCCAGCAGAAAAGGAGAAUGACACAGGGGUGGUGACUCAGAUAGAAGAGUGCAAGGUAAAAGGUCCUGGAAUCUCAGAAUUUGCUCAAAAAUUAAGUGAAAUAGACAUUUAUCUGACUGCAUGCAUGGAGAGAGCCCGGAACGUGAUUCCAAUGUCCCAGCACACAGAGACACCUGUUUACUUGGGAGCCACGGCAGGCAUGCGGUUGCUCAGGAUGCAAAAUGAACGGUCGGCAGACAAGAUCCUGGCUGCAGUGACAAAAAGCAUCAGCAGCUACCCCUUUGACUUCCAGGGUGCCAGGAUCAUCACUGGUCAGGAGGAAGGUGCCUAUGGCUGGAUUACUAUCAACUAUCUGCUGGGCAAAUUCACUCAGAAAUCGAGUUGGUUUAACCUGAAGCCAAGUGAAGGCAAUGCUCAGGAAACCUAUGGAGCUUUAGAUCUUGGGGGAGCCUCUACACAGAUCACUUUUGUGCCCCAAAAUGAAACAACUGAGUCUCCAAAGGACACUCUGCACUUUCGCCUCUAUGGCAAGAACUACAGUGUAUACACACACAGCUUCUUGUGCUAUGGGAAGGAUCAAGCACUCCUGCAGAAGGUGACCAAGGACCUUCAGGCAACAAGUGGAACCAUCUAUGACCCAUGCUUUCACUCUGGAUACCAGAGGGUGAUAAACAUGAGUGACCUUUAUGAGAGCCCCUGCACCGGGAGAUUUGAGGUGAAUUUUCCAUUUCUUCCAAUCUCUGAAGUUGAAAUCCGUGGCACUGGAAACUAUCAACAAUGCCAGAAAAGCAUCGUUCAACUUUUUAACACCAGUUACUGCCCUUACUCCAGCUGUUCCUUCAAUGGGAUUUUCUUGCCACCACUCUAUGGGGAUUUUGGGGCAUUUUCGGCUUUUUACUACGUGAUGGAGUUUUUAAACCUUACAUCAGAGGAACACUCAUCUCAGAAAAAGAUGAUGGACACGUUGGAAAAGUACUGCUCUCGGCCUUGGGAAGAGCUGCAGAUGCAUUUUGGUGACGUGAAGGAGAAGUAUCUGAGCGAAUACUGCUUUUCUGGCACCUACAUCCUCACUCUUCUUCUGACUGGCUAUAAUUUUACAGCUGAGUCCUGGAAGAAUAUUCACUUCAUGGGCAAGGUCCAGGGCAGCAGCGUCGGGUGGACUUUGGGUUACAUGCUGAACCUGACCAACAUGAUCCCAUCUGAAGAGCCAAUGUCCACACCUCUCGCCCACUCCACCUAUGUCUUCCUCGUGGUCCUCUUCUCCCUGAUCCUGGUCAUAGCGGUCAUCGUAGGCAUAUUUAUCUUUCACAAGCCUUCAUAUUUCUGGAAAGACAUGGUAUAGCAGGAGCAGCUGAAAUCUGCUGGCUGGAGUGAGAACAAAACUUGCCCAGGGAGCACUUUCCUCCACAGUGGUGUACAAGGCCAGUCUUGACCAGCAUGAAGCUUCCCUGGCUUUUGCUGAAGCCUUCCCGUGGGAGGUAUUCACCACCCUCUGCCUCAAGGACUUCCUGGCAGACAUUGUCUCUUUUGUGAGUCUUUCCAAACUCCCCCCCUUCUCUCUUGUACUCUGUGCUUGUGUAGGUCUUAAAGACCUGCCUCCUUUCAUGAUCACUGCUUUAUAAAAGAACAAUAUUGACUGUGUCCAGAAGAACUGAGAGUCCUGAGUCCUGUGCUGGGAAGUUGCCCUGGCUAAAAGAAGAAUCUUGGGAACUGAUUCAGUUGUGGUCUUACAGACCUUUUCUCUCUCCUGUUUCCCAUUUAUUAAAAAAGCCAUACAAAUGCCUUUGGAGAAGACAGACAUAUAUCCCAUGCCCAGCCUGCCCUUUGCAUGGGAGAAUUUUCUAGAUUAGGCAAAUAUGUGCUAGGGCAAAAGAGUUUUGCAAAGGAAUUUAUGUGCUUAUGCAGUUAAUACAAGAAUUAAUCCAAGCCAAAAGGGGGAUGUGGAUAAGUCACAUAGUCCUGGGUGAUGUCAAAAUGCUACAGAGUGGGAUACCCAGACCAGAGAUUAUUUAAAAAGCUGCUGUACAUAUAUAUAUAUAUGCAUUCAGAUAUCAGGGCAUAUUAUCUGGUAGGUGUAUACAUGUCAGGAAGAAAAAUACAGUUACAACACAAGGUUGGGAAAAUGCAUCCUCCAACACAUCUACUGGGAUUUUGUUUUUAUUUUGGUAAAAUGCAUAUAACCUAAAAUUCAUCACUAUAGCAUAUACAAUUUAGUGGCAUUUAGUACAUUCACAAUGUUUUCCAACUGUCACCAAUAUCUAAUUCCAGAAUAUUUUCAUCACUAAGAAAUUAUUGGCUGGGGAUAAGACCAUCCUGGGGUAGACUUGAACCAUCAGCCUUUCCAUUUAGCCAAACAUGCUAACCAGUUGCACCACAAAAAUGCUCACUGAGUUUUAAAGCCAUGCCACAUCUUACUGUCCCAGGGUUUAAUUUAGUGAGAGAGUUGCAUUAGUGUAGAGUGGCAUGCCUUUUUUAUGUCAUGGUAUUUACACAACAAAAUGUUCCAGGAACCAUAUCUGCCGCUGGUUCUAGGUACUUUUGCUUUAAGCAUCAUCGCCAUAGACAUUUUUGCUGCAAGCAUUUUCACUGCCAUAAUUGGCUCUAAAGCAAUUUUGCCAUAAAAAAGAAAAUAAUGGAAAAUCAAAGAGGGACAAUUAAAAGGACAUAAUGAAACAAAUAAAAUUCAAGACUUGUGAAAUAUAAAAUAUUUGAAUACAUUUAAAAUGUGUGUUGAUUCAUGGCAAUACUGUGCAAAUAACUGAUUUUAUUUUGUGGGUUGUACCUAAGCACUUGUCUUCCAAGUCUUUCAUUCAUAGCAUUUUAUACUUUUUUUUUGCUUAUUGAUUUGUCUUCUCAUUCUGCAUCGUACUUUAUUUUCUCGCUAAAAUUUCUUCCUUCAUAAAGAGCAAUGUAAGUUUCCAAAUACGUAGAUGUAUCUUUGUAACUGAGCUUUGUGUUGUGUUGUGAAAGCUUCUACAUGGUUGCUGUUUGUUCUUGGCAUAUUAUCACAUGUCCAUUGAUGGACGUUCCAAAGUUGAGUGGGAAAUGUGGGUUCACCUCUGCACCUUCCAGGACCUUGGCCUCUUUCUCCUCAUUGUAGUGUGUUUCAAAAUAAGAAACCAGGGACUUCCCUGGUGGUCCAAGACUCUGCACUUCCAAUGCAGGGGGGCCGGGUUUGAUCCCUGGUCUGGGAACUAGAUCCCACAAGCAUGCCGCAACUAAGAGUUCGCAUGCCACAACUAAGAAGCCCAUGUGCCACAACUAAGUAGCCCUCGAGCUGCAACUAAGAAGCCCACCUGCCACAACUAAGACCUGGUGCAAUCAAAUAAAAUAAAUAAAUUAAAAAAGGAAACCAACUCUUGGGGCAAAUCACUGUCAUAUGCCAGCUUGAUAAAGCCAUCAAUAAUGUUGCCAACUGGAAGAAAUGCUAACACAUUUCAACCAGUUGAAACCAAACUGUCAAACCAAAAACUGUCAACCAGUUAUUUUAUCUUUCAUGAGGAAUUUGCCUUACAGACAAUUAGUUAUUCGACAAAAAUGUUUGCUGCAAAAAUGCAUAUGGCAGAGAUGUCAAUGGCAAAAAUGCUUAUGGUGAAGGUACCUAGAACCCAUUUCAACAUGUAAUUAAUAUAUGUUAUUAAUGAGAUUUUUGUUUUUUGAUAUUAAGUUUUUGAAAUCUGUUGUGUAUAUUACACUUACAGCACAUCUUAAUCGGGACUACAUUUCAAGUGCUCAAUAGCCACAUGUGACUGACUAGUGGCUACCAUAUUGAAUAGUUCAUGUCUAAAAGUACAUUCAAAGCUAAAAAGACACAGGCAAUAAUACUUUGUCUUUCUCUUGAAGGGGGGAGUUUUCUUUCAACAGCUAUAGAUGCUAUGACAUCCUUGCUAUUAUUUAUUACAUAUGAAGUUUAACAUUAUUUUUAACAAGCUUUUAACAUCCCAGCUCAGAGUUUCACAUUAUCCCUCAGGUUUUGUUGCCUUUUGUGUGAGGACACAGAUGCCUAUUAUUUGGGCUAAGAUGCCUGAUGAAAAACCUUUGGGAAAUUUAAUCUGGAUUCAAAGAUAAUACAAGAUAAUUUGGAUGCUUAUAUUCUAUAGUCAAAAUGUAAAUUUGAGUAUUAAAAUAAAGAUUAGUCUCAAUAGCUCACAGUUUACCAUAUAAUAGUAAAGUUACUAUUAAAAUAUAUUAUCAUACAUUGUCAGUUUGAAAGAUGAGCUGAAUUUCACUGAAAUUGGUCUCAUUCCUCUGCGAUUCAGAGUCUAAUCGUUGCUAUCUUCUUAGAACAUGACAGUUGCUCAUAGUUAACCUGUACUAGCCAGGUAUUUCUUCCAGUUUGUGCUAGUUUUUGUUUGUUUGUUUAAAAUUUCUUAUAACAACCUAAAAAUUUCAGUGGCUUACCACAAUAAACAUUGAUUUUCUUGUUCAUGGGUCUGCAAGU